CUCGCGAUCAGCCUGUCCAACUGGCUGAAUUUGCUGUUGCUUGCGCUCUACGUCAAGUACUCCCCUGCCUGUGCCAAGACCAGAGUCCCCGUUUCGAUGGAGCUGUUCCGCGACAUGGGCGUCUUCUUUCGUUACGCCGUCCCUUCUGCAGUCAUGAUAUGCUUGGAAUGGUGGUCGUUUGAGCUUGUGGUGGUGCUUUCGGGCCUCUUGCCGAAUCCUCAGCUCGAAACAUCAGUCCUCUCAGUAUGUCUCAACACCAUCGCGACUCUAUACUCGAUACCAUUUGGACUCGGUGCUGCAGCCAGCACCAGAGUGUCGAACGAGCUAGGAAGGGGAAGACCAGACGCAGCGCGACUAGCAGUUCGUACCGUGAUGUCUGUUGCAGCAGUUGGGGCACUGCUGCUGAGCAGUGUCCUGUUCAUGUGUCGUCACAUCUUUGGAUACAGCUUCAGCAAUGAGAAGGAAGUGGUGGAUUAUGUGACUAAGAUGGCGCCAUUGAUAUGCUUGUCGGUUAUAAUGGACAGUCUGCAAGGGGUUCUUUCGGGGAUAGCCAGAGGAUGUGGAUGGCAGCAUAUAGGAGCUUACAUUAACCUCGGAGCGUUCUAUCUAUGUGGCUUCCCCGUUGGAAUCGUGUUAGGGUUUUGGACCGAUCUUAGAGGAAUGGGGCUGUGGAUCGGAGUGCUGGUCGGUUCAUUCACACAGACAGUGCUGCUGUUUAUUGUUACAGUGACCAUUAACUGGGAGAAACAG